UCACUCAAUGGGACAGAGAAAAAAAAAAACAGAGCUGCUGUAGACAAAUUUAGGAACUUGAAGGGAAAGUAGGUUUCAGGGGGAAAUUGGGAAGAGUCUGUGCUGUCUCAGAGUGGAGGCGUCACAUGGACCUGGAAUUGCAGAUGUCCAAGGACAGAGUCCUGAUGUUCUGAGUGAGGGCCUGAUGGCCUUUGAAGACGUGGCUGUGUACUUCUCCCGGGAGGAGUGGGCGCUCCUGGAUGCAGCCCAGAGGGCUCUGUACCGCCGCGUGAUGCUGGAGAACUUCACCCUCCUGAGCUCGCUGGGACUCUCUGUCUCCCGACCCCGCGUGGUCCUCCAGCUUGAGUGUGGCGAGGAGCCCUGGGUUCUCAGUGGGACAGACGUGACCCUGGCCAGGACUGCCCAGAGGAGGCCGAGCCCUGGUUCCCCUCAUCUGGCAGAGGACAGAGAUGUUUCUGGAGAAGCAGCAUUGCCGGGGGCCUUCCGGGACGGCCUCUCUCUGGCACCGACUAGGGUUCUCCCCAGCGCUGGUGCCUCUGAGCGCCGGAAAAGCCUGGAGGGUCGGCGCGGUGCGUCCCCCUCUCGGGAGAGGAAACCCACAGGGGUGUCUGUGAUCUACUGGGAAAGCGGCGAGGCCAGCGUCAGCCUGAGGCUGACCUCUUCCCUGCGGGCCCCACCCGGGGAGAAGGCCCUCGCAGACCACCCUACGCCAGGCAAGCAGCCGAGGGCGUCAGAGCGGCAGAAGCCGUACGCCCGCGAGGCCCCGGGGAAAGCGUUCCCGGCCGCCCCCGAGGCUCAGGGGGGCCGAGGAAUGGGUGCGGCUUGGCGCGAGCCUCAGAGACUGCUCGAUGUCCCAGAGCCCCCGGCCUGGGCCGAACUGGGCGAGGCCCUGCACACCGGCCCCGGCCUCCUCUCUGGGGAGAAGCCCUUCGAGUGCAGGGCGUGCAGCAAAGUGUUCGUGAAGAGCUCGGACUUGCUGAAGCACCUGCGCACCCACACCGGGGAGCGGCCGUACGAGUGCGCGCAGUGCGGCAAGGCCUUCAGCCAGACGUCGCACCUGACGCAGCACCAGCGCAUCCACAGCGGAGAGACGCCCUACACCUGCCCGGCCUGCGGCCAGGCCUUCCGGCACAGCUCCUCGCUGGUGAGGCACCAGCGCAUCCACACGGCCGAGAAGGCCUUCCGCUGUGCCGAGUGCGGCAAGGCCUUCAGCCACCGCUCCAACCUCAGCCAGCACCGCAAGAUCCACGCCGGGGGCCGGCCCUACGCGUGCGCGCGCUGUGGCCGCAGCUUCUGCCGCAACGCGCACCUGAUCCAGCACGAGCGCACGCACACGGGCGAGAAGCCCUUCGCCUGCGCGCUCUGCGGGGCCGCCUUCAGCCAGGGCUCGUCGCUCUUCAAGCACCGGCGCGUGCACACCGGCGAGAAGCCCUUCGCCUGCGCGCAGUGCGGCCGCGCCUUCAGCCACAGCUCCAACCUCAGGCAGCACCGGCUGCUGCACACGGGAGAGCGGCCUUUCCGUUGCUCGGACUGCGGCAAGGCCUUCGCCAAGGGCGCCGUGCUGCUCAGCCACCGACGCAUCCACACGGGCGAGAAGCCCUUCGUGUGCGCGCAGUGCGGCCGCGCCUUCCGCGAGCGCCCGGCCCUCUUCCACCACCAGAGGCUCCACACCGGUGAGAAGCCCGCGCGGCGGCCCCGGGCCGGCCCGCUCCCCCAGGCCAGGCCUCCUUCGGGGGCAUCGUCUGAAGGCACACUGGGGAGGGAAGCCGGGCCCACUGCCGCCUCGGGCCCAGCCACGGUUCCGAAGACGGCUGACCCUUGAGGUCGCAGCCCCAACCUUCCCCGGCCUGCUGUGAGCCCCUUGCAUGGGGGCGGGGCCCCGCCCUCUGCAGAGCCGCGCUGUGGAGGAGCUCUGCGCGUGCACUGCCAUUCCCCCUGCACGUGGGGACAAGAUUUGCCUCUUGUCAGCCACAGCUCACUCCUGCAGCCCCAAGAGGUCACGCUGCACA